AUGAAGUAUAUCUUCUGGAUCGCCCCUCUCCUGGCUAUGGCCAUGGCCGCCUGUGAUGAGUUCCCUUGCUGCCAUCGUCCCGGAGACCUCUGCAGAAUCGGCAACCCACGUCAGGGCGACGGCGUAUGCUGCCAUGGCAAGACAUGUGUGAAGAAAUCCGGAAGUGAAAACUGGUACUGCCAGUAA